GACGACUGUUCUACUUAAGCAUAAGAGAAUAACUGCUCGAAAACUUGUUUUUUAUAACAUGGGGACUCAUUUUUAAGGCGUUUUUUACCUGAACUGAGCAAGUUAAGUGUAUUUYCUGUAUUAUUCUUGCUUUUGGACUUGGUUUGUGGAGCGUAAUCAAGCAGAUUGAUGGUGCAAUAGUUUGUUUUGUUGUGUAAGCAAUAAUUGUUACAUUCGUUGAAGGAAUAUAUUAAGCUUACACCAGUUUCCAAGAAAAUAUUAAGAAAGUAUCGAGAUGGAAGCUGAAUCCAGUGCUGUUAUCUCCAUUAAUGAGAAUCCUAUGGCUGAAAGGAAUGUUCAUGAAGAGCUACAUGAACCAAAUAUCCAGGAAGUACAAGAGGAAGAUGAUAUGAAUGCUCAGUCGCAAAGCACAAAGAAGAAACGGAGAAGAAGACGAAGGAAGAAAGGAAGCACAGGAGACAUUGAAGAAUCAGCGAGAAAUGAUGAACCUGACAAGAGCUUAGAGGAAGAAAAAGAAGGGGUUGAAAAACCGACGAAAGAAAGACCUACGUCUGCUGCAAGUAGGAUUUAUCUUAAAAGCAAGAAGGAUGAUAGUGAAGGGGCAAAAGACUCUGCCGUAACCCCAGUAAAAGACGAAGAAUCCGAAAAUGGUGAUGAAGAAGAUGGAAAAAAACCUGGAAGCGGCAAACGCAAACGUAAGCGGAACAGGAAAAGGAAAAAUACCCUUGAAGGUGAUGUAGAAGGUGGAGAAAAAACUCCUGAUUCCAAACCUAUUGAACCCAAACCAACUAACUCGACACCAAAGGGGAAAGAUCAGAGUCCAAGAAAGCAUGGAUCUCAUAGCCCAAUGAGUCACAAGAAGAGAGGUUACGAGACGUACUGGUCGUUUGAAAAGGUGUCUCAAGGGCUAAAAAGGGGAGAACUGUUAAAAGGUUCAAUAAGAAUCGGUAAAAGGAACUUUGAACUUGCUUGGGUAACAGUACAAGGGAUGAAAAGAGAUGUUCUACUAGAGGGAAUGUUACCCAGAAACAGAGCUUUGGAGGGAGACGUAGUUGUGCUUCAGCUGGAACCAAAAAGCAAAUGGAAAGUCAUGAAGUCGGAACUCGACGACCACCAAGCAAGUGUUAAUGCUACAAGUCUAGAAAAUGAAGAGAAGAAGGAUGAAGAUGUGGAGGUUCUGGCCCAAAAACUUGGCGAUACUCAUUUGACUCCAAACAAGAAGUCAUCAUCGCCUUCAUCGAAGAAUGCGACACCAAAUAAACCCCGCAAUGCUGAUGUUCCAGAAGAAUUCCUUCAAAGRACGGCUUCUGUUGUUUACAUCAUCGAGAAAAAGCAUUCACGUGCUGCAGGGGGACAUUUGAAGCCGUUCAACAAGAAGAACGAAGGAAACCCUGAUGCUCUUUUUUCGCCUUCAGACAGUCGGUUACCAAGGUUACGCAUUCCGCACGAUCGUUGCCCACCUUGCUUCUUCGACCGACCACAAGAUUUUGCAAACACACUCUUUGUUGCACGAAUAACCGACUGGCCUGAGAGCUCGUCAUUCGACAAUUAUUUCGCGAUCGGGACGAUCGAUAGAAGUCUGGGCGAGGCUGGCGAGAUAAUGCCGGAAACGGAAGCAAUAUUCUACGAGUAUGAGAUCGACUUUGAGCCUUUCUCAGACGAAGCUCUAGCUUGCUUGCCCCAAAAGCAACCAUGGGUUAUUCCAGAUGAUGAGCUAGCCAAGAGAAGGGACUUCAGAGAUGAAUGCGUUUUUACGAUCGAUCCUCUAACAGCCAGGGAUCUUGAUGAUGCGCUACACUGCAAGAGACUUCCAGAUGGUAACAUUGAGGUAGGGGUCCACAUAGCAGACGUAAGUUACUUCGUACGACAAGGGACCGCAUUAGACGAAGCUGCUCAAAGUCGUGCUACCUCGACCUACAUGGUACAAAUGGUAGUACCUAUGCUUCCAAGAAGGCUGUGUGAGGAGCUCUGCAGCUUAAACCCAGAUGAAGAUAGACUUACAGUCUCCGUUGUGUGGACGAUGACUGAAAAGGGUGAAAUACUAAACGACUGGAAGGGACGUGGUGUGAUCAAGUCACGUGUCAAGUUAGCUUACGAGCAUGCGCAGGAGAUGAUCCAGAAACCGAACAAGAAGUGGGAAGAAGGCGAGCUACCACCUAUCUCCCAAAAAAGCAAUGUGGAGGAAAUUUCUUCUAAAGUUCGUCUUCUGAACAAAAUUGCUGGCCAUUUGAGACGUAACAGGUUUAGUAAUGGUGCUCUGCGACUUGACCAGGUGAAGCUGCAGUUUGAUUUGGACAAGGAGACUGGGAUGCCUCUAGGCUAUCACGUAUAUCAACAGCGAGAAAGCAACAAAUUGAUCGAAGAGUUCAUGCUCUUAGCCAACAUGGCUGUCGCCCAUCACAUCUACUCUGCAUUCCCAAAGAUUGCACUAUUGCGUCGUCAUCCAAAACCUGGACAGAGACAACUAGACGAAUUAGUAAAACUCUGUAAGAGCCAUGGUAUUCCGUUCAAUGCGCAGUCUUCAAAGACGAUCCAUCAGUCUCUUGCGAGGUUUCAAUCGGGAUCCGCAAAGAGGGAAAUCCUUGUGCAGUACGCGAUGAAGCCAAUGAAGAAUGCUGAAUACUUUUGCGCCGGAUCAGUAGAAGAGGAUGAUUUUUAUCACUAUGCUCUAAGUGUCCCGUUUUACACUCACUUUACCUCGCCCAUACGAAGAUACCCAGAUAUUAUUGUUCACCGACUUCUUGUAGCAAGUCUUGGGCUGGACGUUAAAGUCGRUGAACAAAAAGACGACAUGGAUUAUAUCGUUAAGCAAUGCAACGACCGCAAACUUGCUGCAAAACGUGCUGGAGAGCUCAGCAACGAGCUUUUCUUUGCUAUCUUUGUCCGAGAGUGUGGUCCUCUGGAAGACGAUGGUUUUGUACUAGCAGUGAUGGAUCAGUCAUUGGAUGUCUUUAUGCCAAGUCUAGGCGUCACCAAAAGAAUUUAUUGUAAACAUAUCCAGAAUAUCAAGCGUUACAACUUCCUCAAGGGCGAAGAAAACCAACCAGCACAACUAAAGCUUGUCUGGGCAGCCAGCAAAGAUGAAGGGAAGGAUUCUAAAGCCAUUGAGAAAACGCUGACUGUUUUUUCCAAGGUUCGUGUGUUGCUGACCACAGAGAGUCUCACCGAAGAAAAGGGCGAGAAAAGCAAGCACGUUAAAGUCUUUGCACGACUGAUUCCACCAGAUGGAGCUGUUGGUUUUGAGGUGAAGCCUAAGUCCUCUAAUACACGUAGUAUAAAGAUUGCACAAGAAAUAUCUGAACCUCAAGACGUUAAGAAGCAACUGUUCACUGAAAAGGCUGAAGACUGCACCAUCAAAAGCUCUGGGAUUGAAUGUGAUGGGGUUGUGAGCGUCAAAGAAGAAGGACAAGGGGAUAAUGGGAGCGAUAGUGAUGAUGUAAUAGUCGAAGAAGAAGAAAUAAUAGACUAAGAAGAAACUGUCCUAAACACAUCUGUAAGACGCAUUUUGUUUCUUUUAUAAGCUUUAAAGCGAAGGACAUUGAAUUGAACAUUUUAGUUAUUAUAUUUUAAGUUCGUAGGAAAACUAAUGUAUUUUUAUUCUUAUUCUUUUUGAGCUUUUUUGUGUAUUCAACUUGAUUUGACAGAUCAGUAUUUUCAUUCAUUUUAUCUAGUAAGGAAUUUUCGCAACCAGAAUUAUUAAGACCCCUUUCUUAGUUGUAAAGUAAAAUUCUAAAUUAUACUAGAGUGCAUACAAUAAAACCGUGAAACACUUUGUAAACAAUUGCACAAGUUUGCACGAAUUGAGUAAGUUCAGGAAAUAGAGCCAUGAAAAAAUUAACUAACACAAUUGUACAAAUUAUCGCAAAGGUUCGUAGUUCUACGCCGGGUUUACUGAACUUAUUAAUCUGUGCAAAUUUGUGCAAUUUCUUACAGUAUCUUUCACAAUUUAUAUGGUAUGUACUCAACCGUAUACCUACAAAUCUUUGUACUAAUUCGUACAAUUUUACUAGUAGCUUUUUCACGGAUAUAUUGUAUGAUCUCUAAUAUCUAUUGAAAAAAUAUUWAAAAAUGGGGGUCACCGACUUCUUAGGAGAGCCAGAAGACGUCAAAGUGCUCCCUGCUAUUUCACGAUGAAAAUCGCUAAAGAUCAAGUUGACGUACUUCGUAAACAAGAGGCAUUUUUGGUCGAAAAAAUGAAAGAUUUCCUAAGAUAUUUCUUUUAAAAACUGUCUCCUAAGACAUUAAAGAAUAAUAUYAUGUAGAAAUAUUUGUUGAAAUAUGAAAAUAAUGUAUA